GUACAGAGGAUCCACCUGGGGACAACUCCAAAGAUUUAUCUCCUCACUCUGAAGCCACUCAAGUGGAGUUUUUACAGGAAACUACCCCCAGAUGAAGAAACAAACAUGUCUCAGGUGGCAGUGUUCAUCAGCCUGCUGUUGGUCCAUCGUGCAACCCAGAGUCAAUCAGAUUAUCAUUGCAACUGCAAUGACGAUGCGUUGAUCCCGUGUCCAGGUAUCUCCAGCAUGGAUUUCACUGCAGUGGCAUGGUACAAGGUCGGUGACACUUCAGGUUCUCAGGUCGGCACGAUAAAAGAAGGCAUUAUCAGGAAGGAUAAAGGUGAUGAAAAACCGCUGACCUACCACUUCCAACGGGAGGCCAAGUUGGGAGCAGACUACAAACUGGUUCUGCCCCGUGUGACACCCCGAGAUUCAGGCAUAUAUGAGUGUUCCAUCAACGCAAAUAUAGGGGGUCAGAACAAGGAGCUCAGAGUCAAGCUGUCGGUUCAUGAGUGUCAAGCUGAGCUGACGACAGUAAGUUUACCGAACUCAACACAGAGUGGUACCUGGCAACCCGAGGAGCUGCCGGUCAUGUGGAGCUUGAUCGGCUACGCAGCCGUCGCCGGCCUCAAAAUCCUUCUGUCCUUAAUCUGCAUCAUGGUAAUUCGUGUCAUUUCUGCAAGAUGACGGAACAUGUGAGUCACUUGGUUUUUCCGAACCCCGCUGGAGCUCCAAAGAAAUGGACCAAAUUCAUGUCAGUUUCAUUUCUGUUUGUUGUGAUGUUUAUUGUGACUGGGUUUUAGAGAACUGUGCAAAUUGUUUUUUUUUUUAACCCUUUAUUGCCUGACAUGAAAUAAUACACACACACAAAAAAAAUGUUUGAUUAGAAUAACACUUCCAAUUUUGCUUUUAAAAGUUUUAAAAUAAUUUUUAAAUAACCGUUUUUUUUUUCUUUUGAUUGUGUGAAACUUGUUUUUAUUAUGGGAGGUUGCAAAGGUCUCAGAAAUCCAUAUCUCAAAUAUGAUACAUCCAGCAUUGUAGGGUUAAAUGUUUGUAAAUCAGACCACCUUUUCAUGAAAGAGGUCACUGGAACAAACCCAACAGGAUGUUGUUUGUAUGUAGGUGAGAGGAAAACCUGCAACACAGUGACUUAAAAUUUUAAGCAUUUACCAGCCACAUUGAAAAGUGUGUGUUUAUAAACCUACAUUUUUUUUUUUUUUUCAUCACUCAGCUGGAGGUCUUCCUCCAUCACAGUUUUUAAAUUAGCUUAUUCAUAGACUGGAAGGUGUGACACUUUUCACACAGGCUUGACCACAUAUCUAAUAUAGACAUUAUGUGGCUCCGUCUGAGCUUAAGUUUCAUUUCAUGAAGCCAACUUGAACUGUUUAGUUCAUAAUUAAGAGGAGAAAGUGCUGUUUUUUUUGCUGCCAGAGUCAAGAAAGACAAAUCACCAAUAAGGAUAUGUGCCCUUGAAUUCUUCAGAGGUGUCUUCAGUAUUCACAUUCAUUACUCAGGUAGAAGUAUAGAUACUAGAGUUUAAAAAUACUCCUGCAGAAGUUGAAGUAUCAACUCAAGUUUUUUACUCAAGUAAAAGUAUAAAAGUACUGGUUUCAAAACUACUUAAAGUAUAAAAGUAAAAGUAAUGUAAGGGGGAAAAAAGCCAUUAAGGACAAAAGCCAUUGAAAAUGAAUGCAUCUUAGUAUAAUGCAAAUAUAUUAAAGAAGCAUAUAUGUGUACUAUUGAGCAUUAACAUGUGUUUCAGAGAGCAGCAGAUAUGAUGACUAGUUGCCUAUAAGUAUUGUAAUGGUGCAAAAAGUCAAACUUCAGAGGCAUGUUAUCAUUUAUCCUAACCUUUAUUGGAAUGUACAUCCAAGUUUAGUUGCAGGAAUCUGAGGGAACGGAUGUAAGAACAAAACUGGACAAGAACAUCUGAAACAACCACAACCAAAUGCACUCUAUCCGGAUGGAGCAAUUUAACUGGAUAGUUUUUUUUUAAAGGCCGAAAUGAAAUAGAGUAACAAGGCUGUUUUUAAAAUGUAAGGAGUAAAAAGUACAGAUAAUUGCGUGAAAACGUAAGGAGUAAAAGUAAAAAGUCGUCUGAAAAAUAAUUACUCCAGUGAAGUAUAGAUAACCAAAAUUUCUACUUAAGUAAGGUAACGAAGUAUUUGUACUUCAUUACUUGACACCUCUGGAAUUCUUUAUUUAACAUACUUUAUAAUGAUAUUUACCAAGUCUGUAAAUGUGGAUCAGCGAUCGGCCACACUAGGAGCUGAGUGGAAAAUAUGAGCAGAACCCCAUCUACUGGAUGAUCCUCAGAAAACACCACCACACGGGCAAAAGAUUACACAUCUGCUGAAUCAGUAUGAUUUCAUCUUGAGACUACAUGUUUUACAAAUGUUUAAAGACAUUAAUUCAAAAAUGAGAACUUUCUAUAUGAAAUGUAACAUAUUGUCUGAUAACAUUGUGGGAUAUAACUGUCAAAAGUAACAAUAAUUUUUGGUUAAUAUUGACAAAUGAAAAUCAGAUGUUGCUUCAUGCAAUAAAGUAAUGAAACUGAUCUGGACAAAAUGGCGAGAUCCUCAAGUUAAUAUUUUGUUGCACAACGUUUUGAGACAAGCAAUUUCUGAAAGCUUUCUUUUGCACCUAUAUGCGUUUAUUUUGGUCCCUUCAUGAGUCCCUUCACUGCCCCAGCUGUCUCAGGUUUGAAGGAUUUCUUCGCCAGCAUGUUUCAGUUCUUUCCACAGUUGUUCACCAGGAUUCAGAGCUGUGUUCAUCGAGGGAAACUCUCCGAUCUCCUCAGACGCCGCUCUCCUUUGCUUUCUCUGGGGAACGUUCAGUGUGUCAGCACAUGAUACCAACGAGCAGAGUGAUGACUUUUCACCCUUUAAAAAGUCAAACUGAUUGACUGAAGGUUGAAGACACGUGUGAUGUUAAUAACAGCACACACUAAUCUAAUUUGCAGUUUAACACAUUACUGUGGUCAAGUUAUUUACAAUCUUUUGUGGAGUUUCCAACUCAUUUAUCUAGACUAGUUUCAUUUUAAAUUAGUCUACUGAGCCACAAAAGCUGAUUUUCAUUAGUCAGUUUUCGGUAAAUUAUUUAUUAUUACUUUUUACUUUUUUUUUUCUUUUUUUAAAUAAAAUUGAUCAGUUUUUAAAAAAAUGUCAGUGACCUGUGUUGUAUUUUCUUUAUUUUAUGGAAGGGCACAAACAAAUUUGAC